AUGGACAGUGCAACGAGACGAAGUACGUCACGAUCCUCCGGCAACGCCCUCAAGACGGCGGACAUGCCCAGCCAUGCCAUUGUCGACACGGACCGCAAUAACGCCCAGGGCCUCCGUGAGGAGUGGGGCAGCCGGUGUGCAACGUCAACGGCGCCGGCUUCGGCCUCCGUCCUUGCGGCAACAGCACUGGCCUCGAGCUCGCUGACGCAGUCGUGUAGGUCAAGCCUAGUGGCGUGUCCGACGGCACUGACGACUCGAACGCCGUCCGUUAUGGCUCGUUCUGCCGGCAAGCUUGAUGCCUACAAGACGUCGCCCAAGGCUGGUCGCGGGAACCAGGCCUACCUUGAGAUGCUUCCCAAGAACGCCGAGCCGUCCUCCUAG